AGUGAAUGACCUUUCUCUUCUUUCUCUCUCAGGGCGUUUUUCCUCUGCACCUGUUAGCGGUGCUCCACCUGGUGGUGGCUCCUCUUCCGGUAACAGUGCGUGGCUCCUGCCGGCAGGAAUGGCAGUGAUGAGUGCUCCAGACGCCUUCCAGCCCUUUGUCACCCUGGUCUUCCUGCAGCUUCCACUGGCCAGCAUCUGUCAAAACUGUUGGACAGACCCCUGUGCAAGUGGAGGCAGGUGUCCAGCAUGGCAGGAAGCUGAGACCUCUCCCUGGCAGCGCAGGGCUCAAGAGGGUCCUCCCAGCUUCCGAGAUGAGGGAGGGACAGGCGGGGGAAACCCCCCGGCCUCCCCACACAUGGCUUAACCCAGCCCUUUCUGAUCUGCUCCCCCAGGGAAAGCCAACUUUGAUGUCAUUGGGCCUCAUGCUCCUAUUCUGGCCAUGGCUGGGGGACAGGUGGAGCUGCAGUGCCAGCUGUUCCCCAGUGUGAGCGCCGAGGACAUGGAGCUGAGGUGGUACAGGUGCCAGCCCUCCCUGGCUGUGCACGUGCAUGAGAGAGGGAUGGACAUGGAUGCAGAGCAAGUGCCACAGUACAGGGGAAGAACCACCUUCGUGAAUGACCACGUGGCAGGCGGCAAGGCCACCGUGAGGAUUCACAGCGUCACCGCCUUCGACAAUGGGACGUACUGCUGCCGCUUCCAGGACGGCGCUGAGUUUGGGGAGGCCGUGGUGCAGGUGCAGGUGGCAGGUGAGGCCGGCGGCUAG